GUUAUACCUAAUUACAAGAUUUUAAGAAUAAUUAAUUAAUUCACAAGUUCUAAGACAAUCUUCACUUGAUUAACACAAGAUCGCGCCUGUUAGUUGACAAAGUGAAAUAAAAAAGAUGUCUGAUAAAACGUACAUUUUAUAGUAGUUUGUACGAUACCCAACAUUUAGAUUACAGACAUUGUGAAAUCGAAGGAAAACACUAAAAGGGAGACGAAGAAUGACGGAAUGUGGGUCAGUCAGAUAGCCAGUAGUAUCAAUACUUUCUUCACGAUGCCCAUUGGUUCAGAGAAGCUCAUAAAUAUCACGUGCCUAACAUCUAUAAAAGUAAGCACUGGGAUAGUGGGUCAGUUUUCAAAAGGACGAAAGAAGAUGAGAACUGUAGUGGCAGCUAAAUAUAUUAUAGUUAAUGUAAUUAUUCUUUUUCACUUAGUUGAAAACGGGCUUGCUGGAGGCACUUUACGGGAAUCAACUAAACCGAAGCCUAUAAUAUUCAAAAGCGGUCACCGACCAGUGACCAGCAGGUCUUACUAUUUUCUCUUACCAAAAUCACAAUUACCUAGGGAGAUUUGGGAAAGGUUAAACGCCGGGUCGGUCCAGUUGUUCAACGGGUCACUACAAUAUGAAAACCUGCAACAAAAAGGAGAAGGUUAUAAACAACACCAGCUAGAAAGGACUUUGACUGUUUUUCCACGUCAUCGAAACCAAAACAAAUUUAAUUUCAACGUUCCUCAACAAGCAGAAAUUUUAAAUUUCCAGCGACAACACCAUAGACAGGAAAGCGAACAACAACAGCAAAAUAUCAAACAUGAAAAACAAAAAUCAAAAACGUUCGGUUAUGAUUAUCAAAAACAGAGUGGCCAACAAACAAAAAGGAAAAUAACUACCUUAAAUCGGAGGUUUUUCCAAAGACCGAUUAGUAACACCCAAAACAAUGAUAGUUAUCGAGCCAUUUUAGAAACAUCAACAGCAAAUAUUCAGCCUCAACUAAUCGACCAACCAACAGUUUUCAAAACUCCACAGCCUGCCCCUGGCGAGAAGUAUGUUCAACAAGCCUUGUUAAAUCAACCAAUAAAUCAUCAACCAUCAGUUAUUCGCCAAAUAUCAGUCCAAUCAAUAAGUCACCAAGCAUCAGUCAUUUCUCCAGCACCAGUGCAACCAGUAAAUCAACAACAACCGUCUUUUCUUCCAAUAUCAUUCCAAUCAGAAAAUCAGAGACCACCUGUAGCUCUUCAAGUACCAGAACAACCAAUAAAUCAGAAAGCACCUGCUGCUCUUCAAGUACCAGAACAACCAAUAAAUCAUAGACCACCUGUAGAUCUUCAAGUACCAGAACAACCAAUAAAUCAGCAAUCAUCAGUUAUUCCUCCAAUAUCGAAGCAACAAGUUAAUCAGCAGCCACUGGUUAAUUCUCAAGCACCAGUGCAACCAGUAAAUCAACAACCAUCAAUCACUAGCCAAAUACAAGUGCAAACAAUAAAUCAAGAACCAUCAUUUAUUUUUCAAGAACCAACCCAACCAGUAAAUCAGCAACCAUCAGUUAUUUUCCAAGAACCAGUGCAACCACUAAAUCAGAAACCAUCAAUUAUUCUCCAAGAACCAGUGCAACCAGUUAAUCCUCAACCAUCAGCUAUUUCUCCAGUAUUGGAGCAGAAGAUAUAUCAGCAUUCAUCAGUUGAUUUUCAACAGUCAGUAAAACCAGUAAAUCAGCAAUUACCAUUUAUUCCCUCAGUGCCAGACCAACAAGUAAAUCAACAACAACUGGCUAUUCCCCAAGCACCAGUGCAACCAUUAAAUCAGCAACCAUCCGCUAUUCUACAAAAACCACAACAACCAGUAAAGUUACAACCAUCAGUUACUUCCCCAGAAUCAGAACAAUCAUUAAAUCUGCAAAAAUCAGUUAUUCCACAAGUACCAGUACAACCAGUAAGUCACCAUGAAGCAGACCAACAAGUAAAUCAACAACAACUGGCUAUUCCCCAAGCACCAGUGCAACCAUUAAAUCAGCAAUCAUCCGCUAUUCUACAAAAACCACAACAACCAGUAAAGUUACAACCAUCAGUUAUUUCCCCAGAACCAGAACAAUCAUUAAAUCUGCAAAAAUCAGUUAUUCCACAAGUACCAGUACAACCAGUAAGUCACCAUGAAGCAGUUAUUCCUCAAGAACCGAAACAACCCGUAAAUCAGACAUCACCAGUAGCUGCUCCAGUAUUAAUUCAACCAACAAACAACCAGCCAUUGGUGGAAUUUCCUCCACAGUUCCCAAGGCGCCAAGAUGCCCCCUCAAGUUUAAAGAAUGUUGAUCAAGAAUUCUGUACAUGUAAACCCAGCUGCUCUCCACAGACUAGGAUUCCAUCUAGUAUUGACUCCCUUAGUCUGAAACAAGCUGCAGCUGCUCUAGAGGCAGAUAUAAUUUUCACUUUGAUCCCUUUCGAUGAAGAAAGCAUCAUUACAUUUUUAUCAGCUAAAGGUCCAAACACCUUACUACUUCCGUCAAACAAUGCUUUAUCUCGUCUGCCAACUGGACUGCUGGAAAAGUUGAAACAAGAUUCGAACACCUUUAUCAAAAUCUUUCUUAACCACGUACUCUCCACCAAGAUGUCUCUGGAAGGACUUCGUCGGAAGUCUAAGGUUUACACUAUUAAUGUUAACACUUUAUAUGUCAAGGACAAUAAAAACGAGGCAGUCAAUAUCAAUGGUCAGCGUAUUGUUACCGCAAAUGUUCCAAGCCCAGAAGGUGGAAUUAUACACGUGAUUGAUGGCAUAUUAUAUCCAACAGUGGAGAAAGAUAUCGCGGAUACUGUAACCCAGUGCAACAGAUACAACAAAUUUUUAACACUUCUGGAAGGAACGCAAUUGAUAGACUUUUUACGUGGGAGUGGUCCCUACACACUGUUCUUGCCAAGUAAUUAUGCCUUGUCCAAGCUUUCUGAAAAUGAGUUCAAUGUUCUAGAGAAAAACGCCACAGCUCUACAAGAUUUCUUUCUAUACCACCUGGUUUACGGAGUCUACUAUGGAGCAGACCUGGAGGAUGGUCAGUACCUGAUGUCAUACUAUCGGUCUCUACCAAUCAGAGUUAGCGUGAUUGUUGAUGGAUGCCGUAGGCGUAUUUAUGAGGCUAACAACUCGCCCCUGUACCGAGCGGACAUUCCGGCAAGUAAUGGCGUAAUCCACGUCGUCGACAGGGUUCUCAAGCCAGAAGAUCUUGACUGGUGUGAUGGAAUCAUCUUGCCUUAAUGCUCGGUCUGAAAGAAGAUUGUGAACCAAAUUGAACAAGCAGAUACCAGGAGUAACAUGCCAUUUUAGCUCGAAUUUGAGCCUUUUAUCUCAGCAAAGCUUAUUUUAUUUGUUUCAAAACUUAACAACAGAGGCCGAAAAGCGUAAUGAUAUAUUUAUAAAUAAACUGUAAAUCGAUCAAAAACAACUUACGUACUUUUUUAGGCUUCCAAUAUUAAUAGCGAAUGAAUAACACAGCUUACAUAGAAAUUGUAAUAAAUUACAUUUUCAAUUAUAUAACAUCAAACGAUGUUUAAUUUGAUCAAAUAGCAAAGUGAAAGUAUAAUAGACGGGAAAAAUAAUGCUUUGUAGAUAAAAUAACAAAACAUAAAAUAUAUGGAAAAUACAUUGAUAAUUGUUAGCGUUUAAUAUGAAAAUACUAGCGUUACACGCAAAGUACCACACACACUUACUUAGAGGCAUAUUAAACUUACCGUUAUAGGAUUGUUUUAAACUUGGUAUGUUAGCUUCUGGUACGGAUUUUGGUUUUGUUGCAAUAUCAAUAAAACUACGUACAAUAAACGUUUCAUUUUUUGUUUGUAGUUAGAAUAAUUUCAAGUAGAAAGUUGGUUAAUAAGUAUCUG